AAAAUAUCUCAAUUUGUGUUUAACGAAUUAACACAGUUAUUUUGUUUUAAAUCGAUACAAUACGAAGUGGACAAGGUGCCUCUCUUUAUAAGAACAAUGCUCCACAUAUUUAGAGCAUUUAGUGUUUUUCUUUUCUUUUCUUUUUUUCUACAUUGUAGAUAAUAUUAAAUACAUGAAAACAAGAGUCACGUAUGGGAUUAAGUAAAAACAAAAAAGUGUUUUUCCUCCCCUGACCUAAACCUGAUGGGGAGUAUAAUUGAAUUUUAUAUUGUUAUAUUAAUGUUUACGGUUUCACAGCCUUAAAACAUGUUUAAAGCUUUUCAGCAAUGUGAAUUUUGGGAACAAAAAAAGUAUCUCUGGACAUACAUAUACAUGCAAAUAAUAUACUAAUUCAAUAUACUAAUUGUCUAUUUUGAUAAUUACAGUUUUAAUAUACAAAACAUUCGGUUUGCAUCCUGCAAAACCGAAAUAAACUUCUAAACUAAACUUUAAUUAAAUAUCUGGUGUAUAAUUUCAAUGGCUAUAUCGCGGGAGGCUUUUAUUUUGAAAGCGUCAGAGGAAAGAGCGGAAGUGCUGCUGUUGGCAACACAGAGUUCACUUGGUUAAGCCCCUGCAGGUUCAGGUACCUAGAAUAACACUUGUUUAUAUUAAAUAAUACCUAUAGUUUUAAUAAUGUAGCUCAACCAGCGUCAGCUAAUCUAUCUGUUAGUAUUAAGCAGUGCUUUAAGGGUUUACUGAAGUCGCGAAGAGAGCAGUGAGGAGUAAAAUAUGAAUGAAAUUCAAAAGUUAGCUAGGUAACUAAACUGACUGAAGGCUCAUUAAAAUCCAGGCUCAUUAACUUCUCACCAUGUAACGUUAACUAAUUUAACUAACGGCGGGAGGAUAUUUGUGUCUGAUAAAUAUUUUAAAACAGCGGACACAGACUCCAGUACUGUACAGUUACAGUGUUUCGUUAUUCUUUUAUUAAUAAAGGUAAGCUAAAGCUACAGUCAUGCAGGGGCUUAAACUGCCGCUUACUGUAAAGUGUGAAGUGGAUCUGCUGCUGGUGGCGGUGACCGUGCUGAGCUUUCUUACCAGACUGUCCGGGAUUCAGUUUCCUAAAGCUGUUGUGUUUGAUGAGGUUUACUAUGGCCAGUUCCUGUCUCUGUACAUGAAGAGAGUGUUUUUCAUUGAUGAGAGCGGACCACCUUUUGGCCAUAUGAUUCUAGCAUUAGGAGGCUACCUGGGGGGCUUUGAUGGCAAUUUUGUGUGGAACAGAAUUGGAGCAGAAUACACCAGUAAUGUUCCUGUGUGGACCCUCAGAGUGAUUCCUGCCUUGGCUGGGUCAUUGUGUGUGCCCCUUGGCUAUCUUCUCAUGGUAGAACUGGGAUUUACUCAUCUCACUGCUCUUGGUGCUUCUGUGCUGCUGCUUCUAGAGAACUCGCUGAUUGUGCAGUCUCGCUUCAUGCUGCUGGAGUCUGUCCUCAUCUUUUUCCUGCUGCUUGCUGUUGUUUCCUACCUGCGGUUCUACAACGCUCCAAACAAUUCUUUAUGCAGGUGGCUGUGGCUCAUCCUCUCUGGGGCAAGUUGUGCAUUUGCAGUGGGAUUGAAGUACAUGGGUCUCUUCACCUACUUGCUGCUGCUUGGUCUGGCUGCAGUUCACACCUGGCAUGUCAUUGGAGAUAAAACACUAAGCAAUGCCAAAGUGUUGGUUCAGGUUGUGGCUCGGUUCUUGGCGCUUGUUGUGCUCCCGGUUGUUAUGUACUUAGGAUUUUUCUAUGUGCAUCUGACUCUACUGUACCAUAGUGGACCACACGAUCAAAUGAUGAGCAGCGCUUUCCAAGCCAGUCUAGAGGGUGGUCUGGCGAGGAUCACUCAGGGUCAGCCUCUAGAGGUGGCAUUCGGUUCCCAGGUGACUCUGCGCAGUGUGUCCAGUAAACCUCUUCCAUGCUGGCUCCAUUCCCACAAAGCCAACUAUCCAAUCAGAUAUGAAAAUGGUAGAGGCAGCUCCCAUCAGCAGCAGGUGACCUGCUACCCUUUUAAAGAUGUCAACAACUGGUGGAUAAUCAAAGACCCCAGCAAGCAGAGUCUUGUGGUGAGCAGCCCUCCCCGACCUGUCCGACAUGGUGAUAUUAUACAGUUGCUGCACGGCAUGACGUCAAGAUUCCUCAACACACAUGAUGUUGCAGCUCCUAUGAGUCCUCACUCUCAAGAAGUGUCUGGUUACAUUGACUUUAAUGUAUCGAUGCCAGCUCAGAACCUGUGGCGCGUGGACAUUACAAAUAGAGAGUCUGACCGGGAUGUGUGGAAGACUAUUCUGUCGGAAGUGCGGCUCAUCCACGUUAACACUUCUGCUGUGCUGAAGCUGAGUGGAGCAUCUCUUCCAGACUGGGGCUUUAGGCAGUUGGAGGUUGUGGGAGAUAAAAUCUAUAAAGGCUACCAGCAGAGUGGAGUGUGGAACGUGGAAGAACAUCGCUAUGGCAGAAGUCAUGAGCAAAAGGAGAGAGAGCUGGAGCUGAAUUCUCCCACUCACGAUGACAUAAACAGAAACCUCACAUUCAUGGCCAAGUUCAUCGAGUUGCAGUGGAAGAUGCUGACAGUCCGAAAUGAAGAGGCAGAGCACAAAUACAGCUCCUUACCUCUGGAAUGGAUCAGCAUGGACACCAACAUAGCAUACUGGCUUCAUCCAUCUAGUAAUGCUCAAAUCCACUUGAUGGGGAACAUUGUCACCUGGACGUUUGCGAAUCUUGCACUGUUUGUGUAUGUGCUCCUGUUUUUAGCUUAUCUGCUCAGACGACGACGGAAAAUAAAUGAUAUUCCUGAAGCCUCUUGGGAGCAGCUGGUUCUGGCUGGCGUUGUGUGCUCUGGUGGAUGGGCUGUUAACUACCUGCCUUUCUUUCUGAUGGAGAAGACCCUGUUCCUGUACCACUAUCUUCCAGCCCUCACAUUCCAGAUCCUGCAAAUACCUGUUGUUGUAGAGCACCUUUACAUUUAUGUAUUGAGAUCUGCAUCUCAGCAGAAGGCUUUUGGUGGAGUUGUCCUGGCAGCUUUGUGCUCUGUGUAUCUUUGCUACCACACCUUCAGCCCCCUCACAUACGGCCAGCCUGAGCUCACCUCAGAGCAGCUAGCCGCACUGCGCUGGAGAGAAAGCUGGGAUAUUCUCUUUCGGAAACGCUGAUGCUAAAAAUUCUCCCUGAUGGUUUCCAACAGCACUAAACAAAUUUGUGGUAAAAGCAACAUAUGGGCUGUGUCUGAAAAGUGAGAAAUGCUGACUUGAUGCCUUGCUGCCUACGUCUAGCUCACUUAGAAGGCACUAUAGUGAUAAAGGUCUCUGGUGUUAAAAAAAAAAACGAAAAGGUAACAGUAUGUCCUGAUUUUAUUAAGGUAAUGGCACCUCAUUGAGAGAUAUUACUGAGACUGUUCCGCUGUGUUAGUAUUAGCUUUUCACCCAAUAAAAAGUAGACUAGACUACUAAACUUGAGUUCAGACAUAACUUGCCUUCCUGCCUCAGAAUCCUGCCUGAGUAAGCAGCAUUUCUUACGAUUCAGACACAAACCAUGGACAGGAGAUGGGAUUUUACCAGAGUGUAUUUAUCACUGUAAAGCCAGAUUUGAAGAAAUGUUAA